CCCUCUGCGCCUGCGCCGCGCCGCCCGCCAAAUUGGGCGGGAAGCGGCUGCGCGGGAGCCGCUCGCCGCCUGCGCGCGCCGGGCCCCUGCCGGCGGGGCCGGGGCCGGGGCCGGGGCCGGGGCCGGGGCCGGGGUCGCCAUGAACGGGACGGUGAUCCCCGGCACGCCCAUCGCCGUGGACUUCUGGAGCGUGCGGCGGGCGGGCGGCGCCCGGCUCUUCUUCCUGUCGCACAUGCACUCGGACCACACGGUGGGGCUGUCCAGCACCUGGAGCCGCCCCGUCUACUGCUCGCCGCUCACCGCCCGCCUCCUGCACCGCCGCCUCCAGGUGCCGGCGCGCUGGAUCCGGCCGCUGGAGGUGGGGCAGAGCCACGUGCUGGGCGAGGGGGACGCGGUGACGGUGACGCUGCUGGACUCCAACCACUGCCCCGGCUCCGUCAUGUUCCUCUUCGAGGGCGCCUUCGGCACCAUCCUCUACACAGGGGACUUCCGCUACGCCAGCGCCAUGCAGCAGGAGCCGGCGCUGCGGGGCCGCCGCCUCGACCGCCUCUACCUGGACAACACGCACUGCCACCCGGGGCGCAGCCUGCCCUCGCGCUGCCGCGCCGCCCGCCUGGCCGCCCGCCUCAUCCGCGCCCACCCGCGCCACCACGUCGUCGUCGGUAUGUAUAGCCUGGGGAAGGAGACGCUGCUGGUGGACCUGGCGGUGGAGUUCGGCACCUGGGUUGUGGUGAGCCCCUGGCGCCUGGAGCAGAUGCGGCUGCUGGAGCUGCCUGACGUGUUCACCACCGAGGAGGGGGCCGGCUGGAUCCGUGCUGUGGACGUUGCCGAGAUCCGCUGGGACACCCUCGUCAGCUGGAACCUGCUGCACCCUACCAUCGCCAUCCUACCCACUGGCAGGCCCGUGAAGGUCACCCACCCCAAAAUCCACCCCAUUCCCUAUUCUGAUCAUUCAUCCUUUUCAGAGCUGUGUGAGUUUGUGAAGUGGUUGAAACCCUGCUCAGUCAUCCCGAUUGUGAGGGGCAGCAUGUGUCAACUUUACUUUGAGAAAUAUCUGAGUUCUGACCGCCAGGAGCUUCCUGACCUCAAAAUGCCAGAGCCUGUGCAAGAGUUUGUACAGCAGAAAAAGAAAAAGAAAGGACAGGAACCUGUGUGUCUGUUGAAAAGAGCUGCCCAGCAUUCUGUGCCUCGAGGAGUUGUUUUUGAAUCCCCAGAGAAACAUACUGACAAGUCUGAAGAGUUUAGGGACGUUAAGGUUCCUCGGCAGAACUGUGAGUCAGCUUUUUGCUCCAAAGAAGGCUGUAUUUGUUGUCACACAUGCAAGGAGAAAGGGGAGGAAAUCGAGAUGGAUAUCAGCAGCUGCAGUCCUCGGAGCCAGUGUACGUCAGCUCAGCUGAACGGAGAACAUCCAGCAGUAGUAAUAUCAACUAGCCCUGUUAGCCAGUCACCGGCUUCUGAUGAGGACAUUCCAUGUGGCUUGGCAGAGCAGUAUUUACUCACUCCUUUAAAUGUCCUGAAGCAGAAUUCCUUAGAGAAAUUUGACAAGCUGGUAGAAGAAUUCUUUAGGAGGGAGGAAGCAUCCUGAAGUCUGUGACACUUGCCUAGGCAGUUGAUAAUGGCAGGUGAACGAAACAGUGACUGAAGUCCCAGAUUCCAAGUCCUGCUCUUGGCUUGCAGCCUCUCCGUGGCUCAGAAUGAAUGCUUGCAUUCUGAGUCACUGCUCCAUUUAGGUAUGUUGCAAAUGACCUUUGAGAUUCAAUGCAUUUUGCUAAUGAUGUUUUGUGGCAUUCAGCCUUUUCCCUUCUAUUCUCAUCUUCCCUAAAUGAAGUAGACAACCUCCAGGUGAACCUCAGAGCAAAAUGGAGUAGUAAGAGCAUUAAUGCUUUGCAAAGGCCACCGAGUUCUUCAGAUCACACAAACAGAACUGGAAAUCACAGAGACUUCAAAGGCGGGAAUCUGCUCCACGUGUCUGAACACCCAGUUAAAACUGCAGAAGAAAUGCUGGGUUCUGCUACUGGAGCAUAAAAGGUAAUUCCUGCCACUUCAGGAGGAAAUUAUCCAAAUUAUGUAAAACCGGGGGAAAGCGAGACCUCUCCGUAGGUUUAAAAGAAAAGAAAAGCUGGAGAGUCUUGACAAACAGUCAGCUUGGAGAUCGUUGCUUCAGCACAGCUGGUGUGUGAGGCAUUUUAGCGCGCCAAACAUGUUUCCUCCUUCUGUUAGGCAUAAAUACUUCUAUCAUGUAUUAUUCUAAAAUCCUGGAAAACAAAGCACAGUCUCCUGGGGAAAGUCGUGACAGUGACCUAUGGCAGAGCUCUAAGAUUUCUGAGAAUUCUUCAGCUACCUCUGGAGGCUCCUGGCAAUAAAUAGCUGGCUACUUACAGGCCUUGUUCUCCCUCAUGCUUGCCUCCACAACUUCCCUCUGUUCCUACCACCAGCUUAGCUCACAGGGGGGUGUUAUUGCAGUCAAAGAGCUGGAGUGUCAUGUAUACCAGGUCUGAACGUGCUGCUUCCAGCUCUGCUGCGUGGAGUUCUGUCAACACUGCUACCAUGGGUGUGUUUUGCUUACAGCAGUGGCAAUGAAAAGCUGUAGCCAAGUGUUAGCUUGGCUAUGCAGUAUCUAGCACUAUGUUAUAAUCAUCCCUGCAAGAAAAAAAAAAUGCUCUGACCAAAGCCCUUCCAAAUCUAAAUACGCAGCUUGAGCUGCUUAUCUGUAUUCCACAGUUGGCCAAGCCCCAGUGGGAUGAACCAACUCACCCAAGGUCUCAGCUCUUGAGUUCCCUUCGGCAAGUGCUUUAAUCACAAGGCUGCCUAUUUAGCUUUUCAGCACUAUUUUAACAAGCUGUGAUCAAACACUAGCCUGUCAUGAGGGUAGGGCAGGCUUAUGGUGCUGGAAACAGGAGCUGUCUGCUGAGCUCCUUCCACAUAGUUGCCAAGCCAAUCAGUGUUCUAUGAAACAGUUUAUUUGGCUCUAGCUUCUCUCUAACUGUAGGAAACCAUGAAGGAGUGCCCUAGCUAUCCUGUGGAGAGAAAGAAAUGGACUCUUACGAAUUUACGUCCCCACCAGGGACAGAGGUAACACUUAGAUAGCUUGUGUGCUCCACAGCAAGCAAACAUAAUGUAGCUUUGUAGGUAACGCCCUAAAGCACUCUUCUCAGUGUUUAGAGCAGUGCUUCCCAUAGUACAAGGCUAAAACACUCAUGACCUCACUUCUGUCUUCUCUGCUGCAGAGUUUUUGUCCAUUUCUGUAGCACAGAGUCUUUAUUGUUGCUAUUUUUCAGAUAUGAAGAUUGUGUAACAGGGAAAUCCUCCUUUUCUUGUUCACCAAUAAAAUUUAUUCAGGGAGUUUACAUAA